AGUCGUAAAGAUGGCGGAAGUAGAUGAAGCCAACAAACCUUUGUUUGCCGGCCUGUCAGAUGUCUCCAUAUCUGAGGAUAUUCCCGUGGAGGGGGACAUUACUGUGCCUAUGGCCUCCAGUAGUGCCGAUGAUGAAUUUUCCACCCUGGAUGAACCGGUCAAAGACACCAUCUUGAGGGAUUUGAAAGCUGUGGGGAACAAGUUUGUUCACGUCAUGUACCCAAAGAAGAGCUCAGCCCUCCUCCGAGACUGGGACUUGUGGGGACCUCUGUUGCUGUGUGUCACUCUUGCUCUACUGUUGCAAGGAGGCUCAGCAGAUAGCAAAGAGGACGGAGGGCCCCAGUUUGCUGAAGUUUUUGUCAUAAUCUGGUUCGGCUCUGUUAUUAUCACACUCAACUCCAAACUUCUUGGAGGCACCAUAUCGUUCUUCCAGAGUCUCUGUGUGCUGGGCUACUGUAUCCUACCUCUGACUGUGGCCAUGCUUGUGUGCCGACUUGUUCUGUUGCUGGUGUCAGCGGCAACAGCCAGCUUCGUUGUCCGGCUCGUCAUUGUGACCGCCUCCUUCGGCUGGUCAACAUUUGCUUCCACCGCCUUCCUGGCUGACAGCCAGCCCCCCAACCGAAAAGCCCUGGUGGUGUACCCUGUCUUCCUCUUCUACUUUGUGAUCGGCUGGAUGAUCCUGACGUUCUCACCGUCUUCGUAAGAAAACAGAACCAUGUGUGCGUGUGUGUAUAAGUGUGUGGUAUACGGCCUACACACAAGGACACGCUCCAUGUACGCCUCUCUUCCUCUCUCUGGCCUCAGCCCCACCAGCACCACCACCGCCGCCACCGCUGCUCCUCUUCGCAGCACCCCAUUGGUCAGCGGGUGUGUUCCAUUGAUCAUCACUGGUCAGAAGCGACUGGCGUGUUGAGUGCGGCGGACCAGGAAAUGAACAGUGAUGCAUGUUCCUUACUCCAAAUGAGGGAAUGUAGGGGGGCGCAGGCCAUAGUUAAAACCAGCUUUAUAGACAGACUCACUCGUCUCACUCGAAUGUCAUUCCUACUUUUCACUGUCUCCCUCCCUGAACUUUGCUCGGUUGCUUGGUUGCAUCAUGACUAUGGCAGGGCGGGGAUGUACCCGCGGAGGUGAACACUGGCUUGUGUCUUUGAAGGGUUUUUUUUUUUUUUUUUUUUUUUUUGGCCCCGAUAUCCUUAUCUAAUCCUAUUACUGGGUAUGUGAGAGAACACUUCUCUGAUGUGCAGAUUAAAUGGCAUUGCUCACUAAAUUUGUGUGUGUGUGUGUGUGGGGUCGUUGAGCAUGCAACGCCCCC